CCGGCAUUGACGAGAGACGCAUUGUCAUUGUGGUGGUUUUGUAAAUUGCUUACAUUGCUAAUACCGGCAAAAUGUCUCUACCACGAGUAUUCUUCGACGUCACUGUUGACGAUGCCCCACUGGGAAAAAUUGUUAUUGAGCUGAGAAGUGACGUCACUCCCAAGACGUGUGAAAACUUCCGUGCCCUGUGCACUGGCGAGAAAGGCUUCGGUUACAAGGGCUCCAUUUUCCAUCGUGUCAUCCCCAAUUUCAUGCUGCAAGGAGGGGACUUCACCAACCAUAACGGCACUGGGGGAAAGUCCAUCUACGGCAAUAAGUUUGAAGACGAGAAUUUCACCCUUAAGCACACUGGACCUGGCGUCCUCUCCAUGGCUAAUGCCGGUGCUGAUACUAAUGGUUCCCAGUUCUUCAUCACCACUGUCAAGACCUCCUGGCUGGAUGGCAGACAUGUUGUCUUUGGGAAUGUUGUUGAAGGCAUGGAAGUUGUCAAGCAGAUUGAGACCUUUGGCAGCCAGUCUGGGAAGACCUCUAAGAGAAUCGUUAUCAAAGACUGUGGUCAGAUUGCCUAAUUUAAAUCAUUAACUUUAAAACAAACUGCAAUAUUUUAAGUUAAACACUAAGUCCUCCUGAUAGAUAAAAAUACCUUCCCAGUAAAGAAUAAUUUAAAUGAAAUAUGGGUCAUUCCAAUUAUUUAAUAAAAUAUUGCUAUUGAUGUAGCGAACUGGUUAUUGCAUUUAUUUCCAUGCAUUAUUAGUAUGUUCAUUGUUGCAUUUUUGCUAUUACAUUUUUAUUUCUACUAGUUCGCUAGCUGUCUGUUUAGACCUAAAUAAUUCACAUUAUCGUAGACCUUUAUUUAUAUCAACUUACUAUGCUUCAAUUUGGUACAUAAAUAAAUAAUAUUUACUGGA